AUGUCCGCAAUCCAGAAGAACGUCGAAGCCGCCUCGGAGAGAUACUCGUCGGGCUUCACCAAGGGCCAUCUGGCUCUCCCACCCGCGAAGAAAUACCUCGUCUUGACCUGCAUGGAUGCCAGAAUCGACCCGGCCCAGGCAUUUGGUAUUGAUCUGGGCGAUGCGCAUGUCAUUCGUAACGCCGGAGCAUCGGCGCAUGAUGCCCUCCGCAGCAUCGUCAUCUCCGAACAGCUCCUCGGCACCCAGGAGAUCGUGCUCGUCAAGCAUACUGGCUGUGGUAUGUUGACGUUCACGAAUGAGGAUGCUUAUGGCAUCGUUGAUAAGAACCUGGGAUCCGAGGCUUCGGCUGAGUUGAAGUCUCGCGGGCUGGACUUCCUCCCGUUCCCGGAGCUGGAGAAGGCUGUGGAGGCCGAUGUCAAGUAUAUCAAGGAGACCAAGCUUAUUCCUGACAGUGUCACUGUCAGCGGGUGGGUUUAUGAGGUCGAAAGUGGGAAGACUAGGCGUGUCGUGUAG